AUGCAGAAAGGAACGUUAGGCGAGGUUACUGAGAUUGCAAAGAUGGGGAAUUCGCCUGCUAAGUCUUCUGAACUGGCAACUACGACCCUACAAUCGAUCAAAUCAUUCAGUCGAGAACAGUGUUCAUCAUCUGUUCGUGGAGCUAAAGAAGUUAUAGGCAUUGCUCCGGAUUUAUGUAAUAAAGAAGCAUCGUCUCCAAAGAGUAACCAGUCUCUGACAGGCUAUCAGCCAAGCAUUGAUCAUCCUACUAUUUUCAAAGACCAACGUCAGGAUACGCCCAACCGUUUGCGUGAUCUUUCGCUCCCUUCUAUUCUGGCUUCCAAUUUAUCUUUCAGUACCACGACUGUAAGAGGUAACACCCCACAGGGAGAUGAGCCUGUCAUAGAGAAAUCUGGCAACACCGUUGAACGAGCACACCCAAUCACGCCGCGAGACAUUCAUGAUAAGAAGUGCAGCAUCAAGCAGUAUAUCAAAUUGUUACUACCCUUGAAGACUCGUGUCAAUGGCGAGGAGGCCGAACCUCUUAUUCUCAAGACGCAUCAGCUACGGUCAGAAAGACGGGAGAAGAAGAUGUAUGCGCCUCUAUCUUAUAGCGAAGAGCGGCAUGCCCUAAACUAUAGUGCCAGGUUUGAUAAGCAACUAAAUAAUAUGACAAGUGUUUCCGGAGGGAUUAACAGGAUGAUCACUGUCCUUAGUAGUCCAGUAAGUACCCCCAGGAAAUCUACAUCAGUAUCUCAUAGCUAUCACUCUUCAGCUCAGGCGAAGAAAGCGGUUGUACCAAAGCUUGAUAUCUCUAACAGCUCUUUUGAGACAAUGGGUAACUCCCAAGUAGUUCAGCAUGCAGUCGAGUCAAAAAGUGCACGGAAUCUCCCAAAGGACAGGCUUGCCCUUUCUAAUUUAUCUGACACCAAAGGUGCCCUGACAGCAAGGUCUGUUAGGCCCUCGGCCCUCGGUAGUAGCUCUAAUAUUUCAACAUAUAUUGAUCGUGAAAACAUAAUAGAACUAAUACGAAUUUAUGACUCUACUCGGCAAAUACUUCACAACGACCUGGCCGCAAAGAAGGCACGCAUCAGUGAGCUGCGCAACGGAGUGGAGCGAUCAAUCAAGAUCUCAGUGAUGCGUAACCUCCCUAACUAUUGCCCUACUGGAUUCCAAUGCAUUUUGAGGCUGCCCUGUUGUCACUAUACGUUUCAAAACAAGGAGAGGCGUCUUGUUGGAGAGUUUUGCCAGCUCUGUCACGUGGAAACAAGGGGCACCGUACUUAUCAAUGUAGCUGAUUGCUAUGGAGCUGAUGCAUAUGCCACAUGA